AUGGUGCUGAAAGCUUGGAAUCCUAUUCGCCGGGACUUUUGCCACAAGUUUAGCUCGUCUUACGAAGAUCCUGGAGUUCUCGAUAACAUUCAAGCCACGCGGCCCGGUUGGGAAAUCUCCCACCGAUCACCUGAUCGGUCCCGAGCUAUGUCGCCCGUUGAUAAUGGCCACCUGACUGCGAAUAGCACCGAAGUAUACAGUUGA